GAGCCUACUUUCUUUCAAGUUUCAAGAAAACAGAUUUUUAUGCAGUACUUUUUAAAGAGUAUCAAAAGGAAAAGUGAAAGGAAAACUCUCAAAGUUGCUAUAAAAGUGGGUCCACACACAGCUGAAUAGCAGACACCACCAUGGCUGAGUUUGGUCAGGAACCCAAACCUGGAGACCUGAUUGAGAUUUUCCGCUUUGGCUACAAGCACUGGGCUGUCUAUGUGGGAGAUGGUUAUGUGAUCCACCUGGCUCCUCCAAGCGAAGUUGCGGGAGCUGGUGCGGCCAGCAUCAUGUCCACUCUGACCGAGAAGGCCAUAGUGAAGAAGGAACUACUGUGUGAUGUGGUUGGCAGAGACAAGUACCAGGUCAAUAACAAACACGACGACAAGUACUCGCCGCUGCCUCCCAGCAAAAUCGUCCAGCGGGCGGAGGAGCUGGUGGGGCAGGAGCUGCCCUAUUCGCUGCGCUGUAAGAACUGCGAGCAUUUCGUGAACGAGCUGCGCUACGGAGUCCCCCGCAGUGACCAGGUCAGAGAUGUCGCUAUGGCGGCCGGCAUCGCAGGAGUAGGCUUGGCAGCCAUGGGCCUCAUUGGAGUCAUGUUCUCAAGAAACAAGCGGCAGAAGCAAUAAGUUGAAGGGCCUGACCCAUCGGCAGGGACGUUAUCCACUGAGCGGGUCUGGUUGUGCCAGAGGUUUUGCGGUUGGGUUUGUGGGUUUCAUUCUGUUUUAUAGUGAGGCUUAUUUUUACAGAAUAAAAUAAAGCCCAGCAAGGGAGCGCUUUACUGGAGAAACCGCA